GCGGGCGGGGGACAAGGGGCUGGCGCUGUCGCGUGCCCUGCCGCCGCCAUGGGGGUGCAGCCCCCCAACUUUUCGUGGGUGCUCCCGGGCCGGCUGGCGGGUCUGGCGCUGCCGCGGCUGCCCGCGCACUACCAGUUCCUGCUGGACCGGGGCGUGCGGCACUUGGUGUCCCUGACGGAGCGCGGGCCCCCGCACAGCGACACCUGCCCCGGCCUCACGCUGCACCGGCUGCGCAUCCCGGACUUCUGUCCACCAGCCCCCGAGCAGAUCGACCGCUUCGUGCGGAUAGUGGACGAGGCCAACGCGCGCGGGGAGGCUGUGGGAGUGCACUGUGCCCUGGGCUUUGGCCGCACUGGCACCAUGCUGGCCUGUUACCUGGUGAAAGAGAGGGGCCUGGCCGCGGGAGAUGCCAUUGCUGAAAUCCGGCGCCUUCGACCCGGCUCCAUCGAGACCUACGAACAGGAGAAAGCCGUCUUCCAGUUCUACCAGCGGACUAAAUAAGGGCCCCCGGCACCCGUCUGCCUGGCCCAUGCCCUGACCUGCACUGGAAGCACCAGGCCCUCCCGCUGGCUCGAGAGACUGAGUGGUCCUUCCCUGCAGGCAGGCCUUGACCAAAGAGAGGGCUGGGGCUGCACUGCAGGGGGGGCAGGGGGGCCUCCGCUGCUUCCCCGAAUAAAUAACUUCAAAGAGCCAGCUCGCAGUGCAUAGCCCCGUGCAGUUUACAAAGCAUUCCCACAUGCCAACUAACUGGAGCCUCACACUAGCCCUGUGACCCAGGAAUGACAGCAGGGCCAUCACUGUUCUUUGGGUGAGGUAGCUCAGGCCCAGGCCCAAGGCCAGGCUUCUAGAAAGUGGAAGGGGGGGCCAGGACCACAGCACACAUCUUCAGCCCCUGAAAGAUGCUGAGACGCUAUGUGUCUGUUCCCUGACAAUCUUUGAUGUCUCUCCUGGGGAGCCGGUCAGCGAAAAGGUCACAGAUCCCCAGGGGCCCGGGGUCUCUGAUGCUCACAGGCCGGAAGCGUCCUGUGGACACAACCCCUCAGUCUGGGCCCGCAUGCCCCUCCUGUGUCAUCCUGUCCACCCUCUCGAGACGGAGAAGGCCUGGGUGUUGUGCACACAGAUAACUACUAUCGCCAGUUCCCCAGGACCAGGCGUCUCUCACCAGCCGUGGGCUUCUGGGCUCCCCCGUGAGCCCCUGCCUGUGAUGCUGUCCCCCAGCCCCAGGCCCAGGGAGGCUGGAACCGAGCCAGCCUGGGCGGUUGUGUGGAGAGAGCUAUUUGAUGGUUAGAUGAAGGGAUGCGGGGCCAUGACUCUUAGCGUGUUUCUCUGAUGUUCCCUUCCCUUCCCGGUUGGAGACCAUUCUAGAAGGCCCAGAGCCUUUGAGACACAGGAUGAAUGGGGUAGACCAGCCACAUGGACUCUUUAUUGUAACUUCUGUCUGAAUCCCCGUCCCCUGUUGUGCAGCAGGCCGGGCUGCACGAGGCAGAGGUGGUCCUGAACCGUGUCCUGAGUGCUGUGCGUCCCCGGCCUUGUCAGGUGCGGAGGCUCCAGCUGAGUGAGAUGACUCCCCACCUCCUGCAGGGACGGGCGCGGACAGGGCCGCAGCAGGGACAGGGGCGCUGGGACAGACCUGCCUUCCAGAUGCAGUGGACACAGAGGAAGGAGGCCAGCCCCCCACCGCGGACCCCGUCCCGUAUAGCCUAGGCCAGAGGCAGGCCCAAGCCGCCCGCUCCUGACCCAUCUUUCUGCUCUCUCACGCAGUGUUACGGCUGGAGUCUUGCCGCUGUCUCCGGAAGGGAGACAGGCCGUUAAGUUCCAGUCCUGCAGCGGACUAACUAAGGGCCCCUCUCCACUGAGGACUAUCAGAGCCGAGUAAUCCGUCUUUCAUCCUGCUCCCCUGGGUCCCCACCAGCCCAGCCAGGCCGUGCGUGAGAGGCACCCACAGUUGCAGGCACUCAGGCUGCAGCAGAGCCGGAAGCGGCUGGGAGACCGAUGCACCGAAGCCCGGCCACCUGUUCCACCUGCCGCCUCACCGGAGACCUGGGCCUGUUUCUCCACGUGCACCAGAGCCCCCUUCCACAGGGGAGCGUCUGUGUGUGCAUGUGUGCGCGUGUGUAUGCCAGAGCCCCCUUCCACAGUAGAGUGUGUGUGUGUAUGCAUGCGUGCGUGUGCCAGAGCCCCCUUUCACAGGGGAGUGUGUGUGUGUGUGUGUGUGUGCGUGCAUGCAUGCACCAGAGCCCCCUUCCACAGGGGAGCGCGUACGUGUGUGUGUGCACACACGUGCGUGAAGGGAGCAAGCCUGUGGAUGGCCUGCUCCCCGGACCCCUCCCCUCCACUUACCAGGAUGGGAACAGGGAAGUGGGGGCUCGAGGCUGCACCCCAGGGUUCACGUCUGCUCUGAUCCUGCCGUGCCCUGUCGAACAGCCAGUCCUCACACUCCUGCCCUCCGCUCCCACCCCCCUGCAUCCUGUCCUCUGGACGGCAGGAGGGGAACCUGCCCUUCCCUUCCUCCCGGGGCUCCUUCAGAGGAGACGGAACAUUUUUCUAACCCCAUUAGAGCCCCCUAUGCAGCCUCCGUCCCCAUAAUUUAAGCAGAUCUCUGCUGCCUCAAGAGUUCCUCGGGGAAAUAAACAUAUAAUUAUGUGCUUAAGGAAAUCGGUUUUUAAAUAAGUAAGAGUUGACUUGAGAUGAAAAACUCUGCCCGUAUCCUUCCACCUACCUGGGGAGGUUAGCCUGAGGCGCCUUUUGGGCGCACCCCCACCCCCAGAUAUUUGGGGAUUGGGAGCAGAGGCCUGCUCGCCUCUCCUGUGACCACCAGGGAGGGGCUGCAGGCCUCCCUUCCCCGUCCCACCUUCACUGAGAUGACACGUGUGAGGAAGGGGCCACCCCUGAGGACAUGGAGCCUGUGCCCCUCCUCAAACCAGGGUCCCUCCAGCUCAGCACCGCUGGCAUCUGGGGCUGACGCUUCUCGGUUGCGAGGCCAUCUGUGCGCCGUAUGGUGUUUAGCAACAUCCGUGACCUCUCCACUCACCAGAUGCCGGUAGCGUGCCUACCCCCCCCCCCCAAAAAUGGGACCUCGAGAAUGCUUCCAGGCAUUGCCAAAUGUCCCCCAGGAGGACAAAAUUGGCCCCAGUUGGGAACCAGUGCCUCAGCCCAGCAAGCACCAAAGGCAACCAUGAGCUUUCGUUCCAUGAGCUUUUCGUUCUAUAGGAACAUGCUUGGGCAUUUCUCCUGUGGACGCACACGUCUCGAGGGGGGAGAAAGGGCCAGACGCCCUCAAACGCUUCCCUCUUGCAGCGGUUCCUGCUGCCCGCUCCCAGCCCCGCCCCCUUGCCCAGGGUGGCUUUCCAAGAUGGUGACAGACACCGUUCACUUUCAACGUCUGCAGUGAUGUGGACUCACACCCCCGUGUCUUUAAAGUUCACGUUUAUGGCCUGGCAGGCGGCUUGCCAUCCCUGCCCGAUGGAGGCUGUUCUAAGUGGAAGACAUCCGUCCACGUCAUUCGGGUUCUGCGGCCGGCGCCGUUUCGGUUCCUCUCCCUGAAAGCUGUUCGGAUGCGCGAGCCACCAGAAUCGGGACAGGAGGCGCACGGGCCGCUCUCUGAGACACUCCUCCCUGGUUCUUCCUCCUCUGCUUCGCCUGCCGCAAGCCCCACGGGGGUACUUCUCCGUGGGCUCUUCCCAGGCCAUGUGUCCCCGCCCUGGGGGCGGGGGGGGGGGGGGGACACGCGUCCUCCUGCUGCAGAGAUCCGUCUGCAUCAUGUAUCCUGCACCCACCACGUAGGGACCUGUCCCACAGGGCGGCCCCUCCUCCCCCUGGUGAAGGGAGUCCGCUCCUCGUGCCCGGGCCCCCAGGUCUCCCCAGGAGAAUGAUGAGCACGUCAUGGGGCCAGGGAUUUGAUCCAGGUCACGAACCAUUUCCCAGAAUGAACCGCACUCCUGCGCCGAGCCUCAGACCAAAACUUCUGCUGUCUGCGUUGCCAUUUUUCCUAAGGAAACGAAUUUGGUCUCACGGGACUGCUGCGUCGCGAAACAGCGUCAGUGACCACGAAUGCAUCUCACGCUUCGUCGUGACUGAACCAUCACAUUUAUGAAGCACCGACCGUGUAGCAGCUGCUUUACACACAUCGUGUUAUGCCUUCUUCUCCUUACAACCACUCUGCGAAUCAGAGUGUCGGGACCUCGCCAUGCUGCCGGCGCCCAGCACAAUGCCUGGAACCCGGGUGCUCCGUAAACACGUGGCAACCGACUGACCGGGUACCUGCCCCGAGACGCAGAACCGGGAAGAAUAAUCCAGGGCAUAUAAUCUAGUGGCGGAUCCGUGGCACGCGUGCCCCGAAGUGUGACGCAAAGAUGGGUACAGGGCGGAGCACAGGGAGCCGACUGGCGCCGAGGCGCCCCCAGCGGGCGGCGGAACACACGUGGGUAGAUCCGCUCGGUGAAGACGCCGCCGACACUCCUGCGGGAGGGUCUGGGUGGGUUGCAUCCGAUCGCCAGUGCGCAGGCGCCACAGGCCUCGGAGCAGAGGCCACCCCGCCGGGCUCCGCGCGACAGCAGGGCCCCGUCGCCGGGCGGCGCUGCGGUGCUUUGUGAUUUCACGCCUGCCAAAGAGAGACAAGGCCUCACGGCUGCUGAUCCUUACGACGUUUCAGAAGAUGCGAGUUAAGUAAGAACCCGCUUUCCCCGCUUGCUGAAAGUUAAUGACGUUAACGCGUUGCCAAAGA